UUCAAUUUCAAUUUUCAACUCCGAAGGAAAAAGUUUUGAAGUGUGAAGCAACAGUGGCCGUAAUUUGUAUGCUCUGUCUCCGGGGAAAGGAAAGUGAGAUACUUUCCCUAAUCACCAAACAAAAAGCACAACAUCAAAAAAGUUAGUUAGUUAAAGUCCCAAUUUUUCAAUUCGAUUUUCCUCUUCAGAUUCAAUUCACAGUUGAACUCUCUCUAUCAAUUUCUCAGGGUCAGCUGAUUCGGUGGAAUGUGCCCCCAAUCUGUGAAGUUUUGAUUUUUUUUUUGAAGUGAAAGGAGGAGGGUGUGGUGCCUGUUGUGGAGAUCCGAGAUUUGUUUCGUCUCUUACGCCCCAUGAGGAGUUUCUUCCCUGCUGAAUCCUGUAAAGAGGCUCACCCAAAUGCUUUGAAUCCUCAGUCAUGGCUUCAAAUUGAAAGAGGGAAACUUCCCAAGUUGUCAUCAUCAUCACACCCCUCAUCUGCCUCAAUGUGUUGUUUUUUUUUUGUGGGGUUGGGGUGUGGUGUUUGUUUUGCUGUCAUCUGCUUUAGUGAAUCUCUGAUCAAGGUCCCACAGCCAGCUAUACUGCCUUUCUUUAAGCCUGUUGAUUAUGUGGAGGUUUUAGCUCAAAUCCAUGAAGAACUUGAGUCUUGUCCUCCGCAGGAGAGGUCAAACUUGUUUUUGUUGCAAUACCAGGUCUUCAGGGGCCUUGGGGAAGUUAAACUGAUGCGUAGAAGCCUCCAGGGAGCAUGGCAGAGAGCCCACACUGUUCAUGAGAAGAUUAUAUUUGGGGCAUGGUUGAAAUAUGAGAAGCAAGAGGAAGAGCUAAUAGCUGACUUGCUUGCAGCUUGUGGUAAAUGUGCGAAGGAGUUUGCGCCUGUAGAUAUAGCGUCUCUUCUUCCAUUUGAUGUAAAUGCAGGUUCCGAGGGGAGAACGACCAAUGAGAACUGCAUUUCUCAAAAUGUUACUUUUACGAUUGGAAGUGAAAAGAUAAUUUGUGAGAGACAAAAAAUUUCGGAACUUUCGGCACCAUUUCGUGCAAUGCUCAAGGGGCAUUUCAGUGAAUCACUCUCCGAGACUAUAGAUUUGUCUGAAAAUAAUAUCUCCCCCUCAGGUAUGAAGGCAAUAAGUGAUUUCAGUUUGAAUGGCAGUUUAAUUGAGGUCCUUCCAAAUCUUUUGUUGGAGAUAUUAGUUUUCGCAAACAAGUAUUGUUGUGAAAGACUUAAAGAUGCUUGCGAUAGAAGACUUGCAUCCUUAGUUUCCUCCAAAGAAGAUGCUGUGGAGCUCAUGGAAUAUGCUCUUGAUGAGCAUUCAACUGUCCUUGCUGCAUCUUGUUUACAAGUCCUUUUGCGUGAUCUUCCAAACUGUUUGAAUGACAAUCGGGUGGUGGAGAUAUUUGUUCAUGCUAAUAAGCAGCAGCUAGCAGUCAUGGUUGGGCCAGGUAUAUUUGCACUUUUCUGUUUCUUAGGUGAAGUUUCUAUGAACCUUAAUUCUAGUUCAGACACAACAGCUCAUAUCCUGGAACGGUUAGUUGAGUUUGCUGAGAAUGACCAGCAGAGACUACUCGCUUUACAUCAAUUGGGAUGUGUAAGACUCUUAAGGAAAGAGUAUGAUGAAGCACGUUGUCUUUUUGAAGGGGCUGUAAAUGCAGGCCAUAUAUAUUCUGUGGCAGGUUUAGCUAGACUGGACUAUAUAAAGGGUGACAAGCUUUUAUCUUAUGGGCAGCUCAACUCAGUCAUUUCAUCUGUUACUCCACUUGGAUGGAUGUAUCAGGAAAGAUCACUAUACUGUGACGGUGACAAAAGGUGGGAGGACCUUGAGAAAGCAAGUAAUCUGGAUCCUACUCUUAUAUAUCCUUACACAUACAGGGCUGCCUCUUUAAUGAGAACUCAGAAUGCUCAAGCUGCACUAGCAGAAAUCAAUCGGAUUCUUGGGUUCAAACUUUCACCAGAAUGUUUGGAAGUACGAUUUUUUAUCCACCUUUCUCUUGAGGACUACAAAGCAGCUCUAUGUGAUGUUCAAACAAUUCUUACUUUGCGUUCAGAUUAUAGAAUGUUUGAGGGGCGUGUUGCUGCAUCCCAACUCUGUACUCUUGUGCGUGAGCAUGUUGAGCGUUGGACAACUGCAGAUUGUUGGGCACGGUUAUAUGAUUGUUGGUCUGCAGUUGAUGAUAUUGGAUCUCUAUCUGUUAUCUACCAGAUGCUUGAAUCUGAUGCAGCAAAAGGUAUUCUAUACUUCAGACAGUCAUUGCUUCUCCUAAGGUUGAACUGUCCUGAGGCUGCUAUGCGGAGUUUACAGUUAGCUCGGCAACAUGCAUCAAGUGAGCAUGAACGUCUUGUAUAUGAGGGGUGGAUCUUAUAUGAUACAGGUCAUUAUGAGGAAGGGCUCUGGAAAGCUGAAGAGUCUAUCAAUAUCAAAAGAUCUUUUGAGGCCUUUUUCCUGAAGGCCUAUGCAUUGGCUGACUCUAGUAUAGAUCCAUCAUGUUCACCAACUGUUAUUUCACUUCUGGAAGAUGCCUUGAAGUGUCCUUCAGAUAAUCUGCGCAAAGGUCAGGCACUUAACAAUCUUGGAAGUGUUUAUGUUGACUGUGGUAAAUUGGACUUGGCCGCUGAUUGUUAUAUCAAUGCCCUUAAAAUCCGACACACCCGAGCUCAUCAUGGUCUUGCUCGCGUUCAUUGUCUAAAAAAUGAUAAGGCUGCUGCGUAUAUGGAAAUGACCGAACUUAUUAAGAAGGCAAAAAACAAUGCCUCUGCUUAUGAGAAGAGGUCUGAGUACUGUGAUCGUGAACAAGCAAAGGAAGAUCUGGAGAUGGUCACUAGAUUAGAUCCACUUCGGGUCUAUCCUUAUAGAUAUCGUGCUGCAGUAUUGAUGGACGACCACAAGGAAGAGGAAGCCAUUGCAGAACUCUCUAGAGCUAUUGCAUUUAAAGCUGAUUUGCAUCUCUUGCAUCUACGUGCAGCAUUCCAUGAACAUAAAGAGGAUGUCUUAGGUGCUCUAAGAGACUGUCGUGCUGCCCUCUCAGUGGACCCGAACCACCAAGAAAUGUUGGAACUUCAUAGCCGAGUCAAUAGACACGAGCCAUGAGUCAAAAACAUGAUCACUUUGGCUAGAUCAUGGAAUUGCACUUUGAAAACUUGGCUGCACUGAAAAAGUUACAGUCAUGCAUGCCAUGAACAUGAAGAAUGGAUAUUGGAGUGACCGGCAUUUCAGCUGCCAUAAGCUGAGUCAUGAAAAUCAAAUUUGUAACAUAGAAAGCAUAGUUAAAUUAUCAUCCUGUCUAUAGUGAUGAACAUGUGAAUUAUUACCAUUCUUUUGCCCCGGGGGAGUGGUCCCAAUUUUGUAAUUGUUAAUCUUGAUUUUUUGGGGUAUAUUAUGAGUGUCAAAUGUGUUGUUUAUCUCCCCUUUUGUUUCUUGAUUAAAAUGGUGUGCAAGGCAAUAUAUGAUGAUAUUUAUUUACUA